UGCUGUGGAUAGCCAAGUGAGUGGGCCUGCCAGACCACAAAAGAAUACCCUACCAACUAACACACUUCCAGCCACCAAGAGCAGGAGCUGUAGGGAAAGCAAAUGGAAGCUGGACUGGAGAUCAAAGCAGAUGGACACAGAAGAAACGGGAAACAAAAUGAAGAGAGAGCUGUUGUGUAUACUACUGCUUUGCGAAGUGGUCUUCAUAUUUCCUGGCCAGGGAAUGUAUGGUAGAUUCAGAAGAGGAGCCCGAUCCUACAGAGCAGCCUGCAGAGAUGAGCAAACACAGAUGUCCUACCAACAGCGUGAGUCAUGGUUACGCCCCAUGCUCAGAAGCAACCGGGUAGAACACUGCUGGUGCGACAGCGGCUCAGCACAGUGCCACUCAGUUCCUGUCAGAAGUUGUAGUGAACCAAGAUGUUUCAAUGGGGGGACGUGUUGGCAGGCUCUGUAUUUCUCAGACUUUGUCUGCCAGUGCCCAGAUGGAUUUGUCGGGAAACGCUGUGAUAUAGAUACUGGUGCAACAUGCUUUGAGGACCAAGGCAUCACCUACAGGGGCACAUGGAGCACAGCAGAAAACGGGGCUGAGUGCAUCAACUGGAACAGCAGCGUGCUGUCCCUGAAGCCCUUCAGUGGGCGGAGGCCGGAUGCCGUCAAGCUGGGCCUUGGGAAUCACAACUACUGUAGAAAUCCAGACCGAGACUUGAAGCCCUGGUGCUAUGUCUUUAAGGCAGGGAAGUAUACCUCGGAGUUCUGCAACACACCAGCCUGCCCUAAGGGAGAAAAUGAGGACUGCUACGUUGGAAAGGGGUUGACUUAUCGUGGCACCCACAGCCUCACUACAUCUGGGGCCUCCUGCCUCCCAUGGAAUUCCGUGAUCCUGAUAGGCAAGAGCUUCACAGCAUGGAGGACCAACUCACAGGCCCUGGGCCUGGGCAGGCAUAAUUACUGCAGGAAUCCGGAUGGGGAUGUGAAGCCCUGGUGCCAUGUGCUGAAGGACCGCAAGCUGACAUGGGAAUACUGUGAUGUGUCUCCAUGCUCCACCUGUGGUCUGAGGCAGUAUAAAGAGCCUCAGUUUCGCAUUAAAGGAGGACUUUUCACAGACAUCACAUCGCACCCUUGGCAGGCUGCCAUCUUUGCCAAGAACAGGAGGUCUCCUGGAGAGAGGUUCCUGUGUGGAGGAGUGCUCAUCAGCCCCUGCUGGGUGCUAUCUGCAGCCCACUGCUUUCUGGAGAGGUUUCCUCCCCAGAACCUUAAAGUGGUCUUGGGAAGAACAUACAGGGUGGUCCCUGGAGAGGAGGAGCAGAAAUUUGAAGUUGAGAAAUACAUGGUCCACAAGGAAUUUGAUGAUGACACUUACGACAAUGACAUUGCAUUGCUGCAGCUGAAGUCAGGUUCCCAACAGUGCACCCAGGAGAGCACUUUGGUCCGCACCGUCUGCCUUCCUGACGCCAGCCUGCAGCUGCCGGACUGGACAGAAUGUGAGAUAUCUGGAUAUGGCAAGCAUGAGGCAUCCUCUCCUUUCUUCUCUGAACGGUUGAAGGAGGCUCAUGUCAGACUUUACCCAUCCAGCCGCUGCACUUCACAGUAUUUGUUUAAUAAAACCAUCACAAACAACAUGCUAUGUGCUGGAGACACUCGAAGUGGUGGCAACCAAGAUCUCCAUGAUGCUUGCCAGGGUGACUCCGGAGGGCCCCUGGUGUGUGAGAACAAUAAACGCAUGACUUUGGUUGGCAUCAUCAGCUGGGGCCUUGGCUGUGGGCAGAAGGAUGUUCCUGGAAUAUACACAAAGGUCACUAAUUAUCUAGACUGGAUUCAUGACAACAUGCAACAAUGACCAAGAAAACCCAGCUUGAAUCCAGAGAAGGGUCUGCCUUCCUCUUCGCCAUAAGACACACCUCAAAGGCCAAGUGUUCUCUGCGCUAUUAUCUCCAUAAACUGUAGAGGAGAGUCAGUGGGAGAUGACAAAGCAUUUUUCUCUAACAGUGUGGAAGUCUUCAGGGAUGAAAUUCUCACUUCAGGAUAUAUUCUGUCAGAUGAGAAGACAGGCAAAUGCCCUCUUAGACUCCACCACUUACAAAAAGUAGAGAGGUAGAGUAAAGCCUGCCCUCCUGACCCACUGUAUAGCUUUGGAAAUGGGACCACAAAAAUGUCUCAACAAUAAAAUCCAACUCAAUCCUUCAGGAGAUAGGUUAUUAGGAAUGGAAUGUGCAUUUGUAGUUACAAGCAGGCCCAACAGGGUCUCCAGGUGAGGGAUGAGCUGGUUGGCAAGAUCAUAUUCCCCCAAAGCCCUUGAAAUAAAAUAUUCCCCUUCCCCUUCCCUUCCCCAACUCUUGAAGAGUAUUCCUUUUGUGCAUAGUGUAAAUCUUUUCUUCUUUAUAAACUUUAUAGAUGGUUGGGAAAACUGUAAUUUUUAUAAUUAAUGGACUAGGUUAUUGCAUAUUUAUGUUAAUCUUUUAGUUUUUACUUUGUUGUCAUAAGUUUGUAUUAUACUGUACUUAAAUAAUAAAUUCAGAGGUAUUUUCAUACUUCUCAAAUGGGACAUACAUA